CAACCAAGGCCUGCCCCGAGAUAAUUCUAGCUAGCUAGUACUUCCCAGUAGACGGACUGUCUGAUGGUUUGCUUUCCAAUUGUCGAGACAUUUCCCCAUGUGUGCCCGCCCGAUUGCUGUAGAACAAAGCAUGUGCUCUUGAAGGACUCUUGGAGAGACGAAAUUUGGCUUGGCAGUGACACAUCGGCGCCUCAGUCUAGCUCAACGGCUCUCGCUCGAAGCUACCCAGGCCAGGCCCAUCAGGGACCCGAACGAAGGAUUCAAAUCAAAAGGCGUUUUGGCCAGAACACAAAGAGCCAACAAAAAGCCUUGUCAAUCCAGCCACUCGCGCCGGGCCCCGAAAUGACAAGGCCCAAUGUAAGGGGGGGUUCGGAAACUUGUAAAAACCCUCUGAGCGACACCAUUUCUGAGACAUGCGUAAAAAGAGUGGCGGUCUUUGACCAGAAUGUCACUGCCCGGUGCGCCGUCAAUUCUGUCUGCUCUCCUUUCCCACGUGGAUGGGCGAACUGGGCCAAGGGCGGCUAGAAGCUCAGUAUCCAGUGUCCAGCGUUUCUUUUUUGAGUUGAGUGGCUCGAUGCUUCAAGGGAAAAAUGGGCGCCCCGAGCUGAGGUUAGAGUUGCGGCUAGUGUUCACAGAUCUGCAUUUACCAACUUCUAGUGCUGGGAGGAGGAAUGAUGACUGCAGUGAUUAAUCCACGGCGGAACAAGAACAAGCGCCUUUCUCCGCG